AACGUUUGCCGCUCGAGAACAAAAACCUACUGUUGCCCAGGAUGGCAGAGACACAAUUUAUUAGGAUUGUGUAUAAUACCAAUAUGCUCGAGACAAUGUGGUUCAGGGCAAUGUGUAUCUCCGAAUAUGUGUUUAUGUGAUGGAGGACAAAAAGCGUCAAGCUGUACUAAAAGCUACAAGCAGAUACAAGAACAAGGUUUUGACCGAAAGUCGUGUCGACUAAUAUGCAUGAACGGUGGAACUUGUGUUGAUGACAAAUGUGUAUGUCCAGAAGGAUAUUCCGGGGAGUUUUGCACAGAACCUAUAUGCAUGGAAUCUUGUAAGAAUGGAGGCCAAUGCAUCGGUCCAGACAGAUGUGCAUGCUUUUAUGGAUUUUCCGGCAAUCACUGUGAAAUAGAUUACAGAACUGGACCUUGUUAUACGGGAUAUCGUGGUAACCUCUGUGUCAAUCAACUGGAAGGCGUUGUCUGUACAAAAACUUUGUGUUGUGCCACUGUUGGGAAAGCUUGGGGACAUCCAUGUCAGCAUUGUCCCUCAAGAUUGGAAUGUGAUACUGGAUAUUUGAAGAAUCUCAAAACUGGAGAAUGUGUGGAUAUUAAUGAAUGUGAAGCAAUACCUCAUUUAUGCUCUGGCGGCACUUGCGUGAAUUCAGUGGGCUCAUUCACUUGCGAAUGUCCUUCAGGACAAACGAGAAAUCCGGCCACAAACCGCUGUGAAGAUAGAAAUGAGUGCGAAGAUGAAAACAUUUGCCAAGAUGGACGAUGUGUUAACACAAAUGGCGGAUACAUAUGCCUGUGCAAUCCAGGAUUCAUUCAAAGUCAAGACAAAACCUACUGUAUUGAUGGUCGUCAAGGAAUAUGCUACACACUUCGCACUCCUCAGGGCCGUUGUAGCAAUCAUCUACACAUGCGAUUGUCCAAAAAAGAUUGCUGCUGCGGUGUUAACAUGGGACAAGGUUGGGCCAUGUAUGACGGAGAUGAGUGUUUGGUAUGCCCAAAAUUUGGAGAAGAUGAGCAUAGACAUCUCUGUGAAGCAGCAGUAUCUCACCAAAUCCCAGGUUCUGGUACCUUUCAUCUCACUCCAGGAACUAUACCGAGUAUUGAUCAAGUAGGACAAAUAACUAUUAAUGAAUGCAUUUUGAGACCUGAUAUAUGUGGAAGAGGCAAAUGUGUUGAUACUGUCCAGGGAUAUGAAUGUCUAUGCGAACCGGGAUUCCGAUUAGGAAAAUCACAUGUGUGUGAAGAUAUUGAUGAAUGCAGAGAAGGAAAGUGUAUCAAUGGAAGAUGUACAAAUCUACCAGGUAGCUUUUCCUGCGUGUGUCCUCCUGGAUUUGAUGUAUCUCCUGAUGGUUCCAUGUGCACAGAUCAUGACGAAUGUAGCGAAAUAGGCAUGUGUAGUAAUGGAAUUUGCAUCAAUAUGGACGGCAGUUUCAAGUGUCAAUGCAAACCAGGUUUCAAGCUAUCUUCUACUGGAUUCGCAUGUAUAGAUAUUGACGAAUGUUACGAAAAUCCAAGAAUAUGUCUCAAUGGCAGAUGUGAGAAUACACCUGGAUCAUAUACAUGUUCUUGCUUACCAGGAUUUGUAGAGUCAUCUGACAAAACAUUCUGCAGUGACUUGGACGAAUGUUUAUCUACAGGAAUGUGUGAUCACGGUAAAUGCAUCAACAUGGAGGGUUCAUUUCGUUGUGUGUGCGAUUCAGGCUACAGAUUAGGCCCAGAUGGUAGGCACUGCACAGAUAUUGACGAAUGUAUUAAUAACCCUUGUCAGUUUGGUACCUGUUACAAUACACCAGGAAGCUUUCGAUGUGAAUGUCAUGCUGGAUUCAGUCUUGGUCCAGAUGGACGCUCAUGUCUUGACACCCGAAGAGAUCUAUGUUAUCAAGAGUAUCGAGAUGGAUUAUGCCUUAAUCCUUCAACAGCAGCUGUCACAAAAUCGAGUUGCUGUUGUUGUACUAUCAUAUCUGGAAAGCCUAUGGGGUGGGGUACUACAUGUCAACCAUGCCCUAUGCCAGGAACAACAGAUUUUGAUGCUCUGUGUCCACAUGGUCCUGGUUCUACUUUUGAUGGGAAUGAUAUCAAUGAAUGCGCACAAAAUCCUAAUAUUUGUCAAAAUGGGGCUUGUGAGAAUAUGAUUGGAACGUACAGAUGUAUAUGUAAUCCUGGCUUUGAGGUAGACGAGACUGGCAAAGUAUGCACAGACAUAAACGAAUGUGAAGUUGAAGAGCUGGUAUGCAGUGGUGGCCAAUGCCGAAAUACUCCUGGCAGCUUUCAGUGCAUUUGUCCUACUGGAACACAAUUGAAUCAACGAAAUUACGUCUGUGAGGAUAUUGACGAGUGCAGAGAACUUGGUCCUGAGGCAUGUUUCAAUGGAGAGUGCGUGAAUGUCCUAGGAUCAUACAAGUGUGAGUGCGAUCCUGGAUCAAUACUGGAUAACACAGGACGUAUCUGUAUAGAUAACCGUAAGGGAUCAUGUUGGACCACUUUGAACAGAGGAAGAUGUGAAAAUGACUUGCCCCAACUGAGUAGAAGAUCGGAGUGUUGCUGUUCUGUUGGAGUUGCUUGGGGAUCUCCAUGUGAACGGUGCAACAGAAACGAAUGCGAUUGCCCUAAAGGAUAUGCAAAGAGUGAUGGAAAAACUUGUACAGAUAUCAACGAGUGUGAUUUGAAUCCUGAUAUUUGUAGGGGAGGAGGCACUUGCGUCAACACCGAUGGAAGUUUUACUUGUUCAUGUCCUCCAGGUCUCACACUUGAUGAAACUAGAACGAAAUGUUUGGAUAUCCGUCAAGAACAAUGUUACACAAGAUACAAGCAUGGGAAAUGUGUGAACCCAGUUGAUGGUCUCUUCCACAGAAAUCUAUGUUGCUGCUCUCUAAUUGGAAAAGCUUGGGGGGAUAGAUGUGAACCUUGUCCAAGAGCUGGAACAGCAGCAUUUUCUGAGUUAUGUCCAAAAGGUCUAGGUUACCUCGAUAAGAAGGAUAUAAAUGAAUGUACUGAUUUCCCGGGAAUGUGUCAAAAUGGAAGAUGUAGGAAUACGAUUGGUGGAUAUAGCUGUAAAUGCAAUAAAGGAUAUGACUAUGAUGAUAGCAAAAUAAGAUGUAUAGAUAUUGACGAAUGUAACCUUACAACAGAUAAUGUUUGUGGAAAUGGUGUUUGCAAAAAUAUACCAGGAGAUUUCGUUUGUGAGUGUAACAAAGGUUACAGAACAAUGGCUCCAAUGCAGAUUUGCAUGGAUAUUGACGAGUGUGAGGAAAUACCAGGACUCUGUAGAGGAGGUAGAUGUUUAAACACUGAAGGUUCUUUCAAAUGUGAAUGUCCUAUCGGCCAUGAGUUAUCAUCUGAUAAGGAGAGUUGUAAAGAUAUUGAUGAAUGCUCACGUUCUAGUGGUAUUUGUUCGAAUGGAGUAUGCGAAAACAUGAUGGGAACAUAUCAGUGCAUUUGCAACGAAGGAUAUCAACAGACUGGGCUGAAAUCUCAUUGCGAAGAUAUUGAUGAAUGUGAAGACGAACCUUGCGACGACAUUUGCAUAAAUUCACCUGGAAGUUUCUCUUGUUCUUGUGGUUCUGGAUAUACUUUGAAUUUGGAUGGAAAAUCUUGUGCUGAUAUAGAUGAAUGUAAAGAAAAUCCGAGAAUAUGUAAUGGUGGUAAAUGUACCAAUACAAUUGGUAGUUACAUCUGUCAUUGCACUGAGGGACUUCUUGCAGGUGUCAGAGGUACCUCUUGUCUUGAUAUUGACGAAUGUAAGCAAAAUCCAGACAUUUGUGGGGCAGGUGAAUGUGUGAAUACCCUUGGAUCGUUCCACUGUAGAUGUGAAGAAGGAUAUUCUGUUAAACCUGAUGGCGGUCCUCAGUGUUCAGAUGAAGAUGAAUGCUACCUAGGAACCUAUGACUGUGAUGAGAAUGCCGAUUGUAUCAACAAUCCCGGGUCUUAUCAGUGUAGAUGCCAAGAUGGUUUUACUGGAAACGGAUUGAAGUGUAGAGACAUCAAUGAAUGCUUAACGAAUAAUGGUGGAUGUGAUCAAAAUGCACAAUGUAUAAACAACGAUGGAUCAUUCAGAUGUGAAUGCGACGCUGGUUUCAAAGGAGAUGGAUAUAGUUGCACUGACAUUGAUGAAUGUUCAAACGAUCCAAGCUUAUGCGAAAAUGGCCAAUGCCUGAAUUAUCCUGGUUCUUUCCGCUGUGAAUGUGAAAUGGGUUUCAUGCAUCCAAAUGAAGGAUCUGAUCAAUCUUGUGUUGAUAUAAAUGAAUGUGAUAUGUUCAGUAAUUUAUGCGUAUUUGGGAAAUGCGAAAACACAUUUGGCUUCUUCCGUUGUGAGUGUCAUGAUGGAUAUAAAUUAGAUGGUUCUGGCGGCAAUUGUACAGAUAUCGAUGAAUGUGAAAGUCCCCAAUCUUGUCUUUAUGGAGACUGUACAAACACAGAUGGAAGCUUUCGAUGUAUUUGUCCAGAUGAUCAUGAACUUGUGUCAGAAGGAAAUGCUUGUAUUGGUAAGUGCAAAAGGCGAUUCAUUAAACCUUUAAUAGAAUAG